CCAAUAUCCAGCGGCCCAGAGCCGGCCCCAGCGCCCCGAUUGGCGGGUCUCGCUGACCACUCAGGAGAGGCCCAGGCGCCCGUCGAGCCCGGGGAGCCUAGCCGAGCGGGGCUCCCGACGGCCCAGGCCGGAGCCUGCGAGCGUUCCGGGGCACUCCCGGCCGAGGCCUGCAGGGGGCCGCCCCGCGCGGGGAUGGCGCCCUCGGGAGCAGGCAUCUCGGGGUCCAGAGCCUCGCAGGGUGCCAGAGCCAGUUGGGGAUGCGAUGCGCCCCGUUCCCCCGACCCUUAGGCACAGCUUCUCAGGCCCCAGGCCGGGGGGUGUUGGGUUUGCCUGCCACGAAGGCCCCUACGCUCAGGUGUACACACACACGCGGGCCCGGGGCCUUGGCGGUUUCCUCCUGGUCCUUCCGGCCUCACACUUAAGCCCGCCCUUGCACUCAACACGCUCUGGCCCUCGGGACGGGAAGUCUCCCCCCGCGGGGCCCGCGCACCCCACCCCUCCGUGAGCGGGUCUGUCUGUCUGCAGCCCUUCUGGGUCGGGAGGCAGGCCCGGGGAAGACGCACGCCGCAACCAUCGGGCCCCGCGUGCAUCGCGGAGAGGGGGUGGGCCCUGGGCCCGCCCCGCCCCCGCCCCCGCCCCGCCCCGCCGUCCCCGCUGUCCCCGCUGUCCCCGCUGUCCCCCUGAUCGGUGGAGGGGAUCCAUUAGCGCACCCACUCCCCGGCCCCGCUGCGCCCCUCCUCCCAGCACGCUCGGCCCGGGUCUCCGGCCCGGCGCCGUUACCACCCCCUUUUGGCUCGUCAUUUCCUCUCUUCCCCGCCCCGAUCGCCGGGCAGAACUGCACACCUCCGUCUUGGAGCGCAACCAGGCGGUCACCCGUCCUUGCCCGGGCUGUAAGGCCUGUCCAUUCGGUGCCUGGAACCUCACUAUAGAAGGAUGGUGUCUGACAGGUGGUACAUCAUUAGUGGAGAUUAAGAAGCAAAUUAGGAACUGCAAUCCACAACCUUUUGGAUGUUGGGGAAGCUGGACAGCCCUUUGUUCUCUAGUCUUUUAUCAAACACAGAUCAGAACCUGUUUGUUGAGUUGUGAAGUUAAUUUAGUGGGCCAAUGCUGGUAAUUUUUUACAAUAGAAUAGAAAAUAUCACAGUUCAUCUUAUGUUAUAAAAAAUUCAUGAAGGCCUGGAGAAAAGUUUGGGGAAAGAUUUAUCUACAUUUUGCUUAUAUACAGCUGUACCUCUCCCAUGUUUCCAAGGAGUGCAUCUUGAAGUCUUCUAGGAUCUCCAGAGUGAAACUCACUGUGGUCAAGACUCUAACUUGGAGGGACCAUGGAACAGUAUACAGCAAACAGCAAUAGUUCAACAGAGCAGAUUGUUGUACAGGCUGGACAGAUUCAGCAGCAGCAGCAGGGUGGUGUUACUGCUGUCCAGUUGCAGACUGAGGCCCAGGUGGCAUCCGCCUCAGGCCAGCAAGUCCAGACCCUCCAGGUAGUCCAGGGGCAGCCAUUAAUGGUACAGGUCAGUGGAGGCCAGUUAAUCACAUCAACUGGCCAACCCAUCAUGGUCCAGGCUGUUCCUGGUGGACAAGGUCAAACCAUCAUGCAAGUCCCUGUAUCUGGGACACAGGGUUUGCAGCAGAUACAGUUGGUCCCACCUGGACAGAUCCAGAUCCAGGGUGGGCAGGCGGUGCAGGUGCAGGGCCAGCAGGGCCAGACCCAGCAGAUCAUCAUCCAGCAGCCCCAGACAGCCGUCACUGCUGGCCAGACGCAGACGCAACAGCAGAUUGCUGUCCAGGGGCAGCAAGUGGCACAAACUGCCGAAGGGCAGACCAUCGUCUAUCAGCCAGUUAAUGCAGAUGGCACCAUUCUCCAGCAAGUUACAGUCCCUGUUUCAGGCAUGAUCACCAUCCCUGCAGCCAGUUUGGCAGGAGCACAGAUUGUUCAGACCGGAGCCAAUACCAACACAACCAGCAGUGGGCAAGGGACUGUCACUGUGACACUACCAGUGGCAGGCAAUGUGGUCAAUUCAGGAGGAAUGGUCAUGAUGGUACCUGGUGCUGGCUCUGUGCCUGCUAUCCAGAGAAUCCCUCUCCCUGGGGCAGAGAUGCUUGAAGAAGAGCCUCUCUAUGUGAAUGCCAAACAGUACCACCGUAUACUUAAGAGGAGGCAAGCCCGGGCUAAAUUAGAGGCAGAAGGGAAAAUUCCAAAGGAAAGAAGGAAAUACCUGCAUGAGUCUCGGCACCGUCAUGCCAUGGCACGGAAGCGUGGUGAAGGUGGACGAUUUUUCUCUCCAAAGGAAAAAGAUAGUCCCCAUAUGCAGGAUCCAAAUCAAGCAGAUGAAGAGGCUAUGACACAGAUCAUCCGAGUGUCCUAACCCCAGGCCAUGUGAUGGAACUGAUCAAGGUCAUGUUCCUGGCACUGUUUCCCACUGUUCCAAGGAAACUGAUCAGCUCUUCCAAUGGGACACCGACGAUUACAUUCUGCCCUUUUCUACAGGACAGAAACCACUUAGUUUUUAAUAAGUGGCUCAGUAUUAUAAUUGCAAGGAUGUCUGGCAAAUUGAAGUUGCAAGCCUUUGUCUCACCCUUUCAGUCAGGACUUAUUUCAGACUGUUGGUGACAUUGACAUUUCAUGGAUUGGAAUGAUGCAGGGGACCCAUGCCAGCCCAGCAGUACCACACCUAGCACUUAAUGUUGACUGGUGAUGCCAGCCGGCCAUCUCAGCAGAGGAGAACGACCUUCUCAACCUAAACUGCAGUCAGGGAAGCUGCAGCCCACUCCUUCCCAUGGAUUCCAAACAGCACCCAUCCCUCUGAUGGGGGCUCUCAGGCUGACUAAUGGACACUUUGUAUUCAGAGACGGUUUCCAGGCAAGGAAGCUUCAUCUCAUGAUAUGGAAACAAUAAAUUCUCUGAGAUACAUUCAUCUAAUCUGUGGUAAUAAUAAGAAUCCCUUCUACCCAGAUGAUAGGUUGGUAUUUUUGGACUCCAGCCAAGAAAAAGCUAACUCUGGGGAUAGACUGAUAAAAGACUCAAGCACUAAAAAUAUAGCUGAAUCUCUUAGCUUUGACAAGUUGUGGUCUGCUUGUCUGUUGACAGGUCAUAUGGACUGUAGUUCUUGCUGUGGUUACUUUUAAGACAAUUUAGAGUGUACUGGACCUUGACACUGCCUUUCCUAAGUAGAGAACAAAACCAUAGAACUUCUGUGCUGAAGUGCUGAGGACAUUUGUAGUAGCUCCUUAACAGAGCAGAACUAGAGAUUUUCAAUCACAUGCUUUGUGACAGCAUUUGGGGAAUAGAAAGAUUCAUGUUUGUUUCAGUCUAGAAGGACAAAGGGUAGUAUAUAUACUCUCGUGUUGUCAUAUAGCACGAUUCACCAGUGGAUGGAUGCCUGGGAUGGAUCAUUAAGAUGAAGAGAAUAAUUUACAUUUAUACUAUAACCUUUUAAGCACGGAAAGGGAAAAGUCUGAGAUUUGGUCCUUGACAAUUUCUGGAAAGCACUGUUCAAUCAGGCUAUCCUGGACAUAGUCCAGGUUGCCUGCUAGAGCUUGAGGUGUAUGUUGGCUUCACUCCUGCGCUUUGUGCUGGCCCUGGGGAGCGAACAUUCUCAUUCUUCCCAUGGCAGCUGAUUCUUUGGUGCCAGUUUCCGUUUGUUUCCCCUUUUCUCCAUAGGCAUUGUGUGGAAAGGUUUUCACAUUGCAUCCAUGUUCUGGGGAUAAACUGCGGACUGGAAAUAGAGAUUCCUGCAGGGUCAGGAACAGGACCACAACUCCCAGAGUGGGUUGUGCCUCGGUAAUCAGUUUCUUUUCUAGACCUGGAACCCUGGGAGAACUAAGAUGAUAUUUCAGAAGAGUUGCUGUUUUCUUGGAAACAAAGAAGGAAAAUAUAAUCCUUUUGAAGAACAUUUGGGUUUGAUUUAAAUACCUAGAGAUUGGCUCUUUCUUUGAUUUCACUCUAGCUGUAUUAAGAGGGAAAAGAAAUUAAACCCUCUAAAGAAAACAUCACAAAGGGAAAUCACUGUAAUGGUAAAAACAGAGGUACAGAGCUAUGCAAAGAAAGCAGGAAGUGAAGUAUCUCCCUAGUCCCUUGAAUCUAGCCAUCUCUCCUGGCUUGCAGAUGUUAGGCGGGGUUGACCUGUGGGCUCACUAGAAACUUUUGGCUCUUUAUGUGAGUUUUAGGUGUUAACUUUAUUCAGUAAGCCCCAAGUUCUUCAGAUGAUAGAUUACUAAAAACAAUGAAGAGUUUAUAUCCUUUGGUUUGUUUAGGAACCUUCAAGAUGCAGAGUUCAGAAAGAAAUUCCUCAGACCUAAUUUCUAGUACUUAAGCCAACAACAGUUCUAAAAUGCUAUUUAUUUGUGUCUGUAAGUUUGUACAUAGUAAUACCAACCUCAUAUUGUUGCGGAUUUUUUUUUUUCAUGAGUUUGAGUUUGGUUUUAUUUGAAAUGAAUACAGUUGUCAUUUUGUCAUUGCCAUUUCAGGUAGCUCAUGGCCCUUUUAUUGUGGUCAUUUUAGCACAUAAUAACCCACAAAGUGGGGGUGAGGUUUGGAUUUUUUUGUUACUAGAAGUUCUUUUAUUCAUUUGUCCUUGUGACUGUAGUGAUGGCUUCAUAGAUGCAAAAAGAGUGAAUGGAUGAGUGAAUAAUUGGUUUAAUGCAUAGUUAUUUCACUUCUUGAGUGCUUUUUUUUUUUGCAGGAUAAUUGUAAAUAUAUAUUUUAAUUGCACUGGUACAUUGAACAUGUCAGUGUCUAUACCACUGGACCAACAGCAUUUUUCUGGCUAAUGGGUGCCUGAUAAUGUCUUGAUUUUCCUUUGGGACUCAACUCUACGGAAGGUUUUUUCCUCUCAGCUGUAGGGGGAGCACAGGUGAUUGAUCAUUGAUGUCAUUUCAAUUGUUAUUUUUCAAAAUAAAUUU